AUGAUCGUCAUCCGAUCUCGCUCAUAUGCAUCUAUACUCAGAAGAACUGCUCAGAGUUUCAUGAUCUGCAGCUUAUGUCUUUCAGAACCACAUGCCAUAUCAUUGGCAAGCCACAGCCGUUUUCAACCAUCUUCCUCUAGACUUUGGUUCGGCCUCGCGUCGCGAGCAUGUAGAGCCCCACCCCGAGGUCACCAUCUUAUCAUGUUCCCAUCUCGAAUGAAGAUUGCCAUAUUCCUUCAUCAUCGCGCAUUUUUGUCUCAUUCAUGCCUGACAGAAGUUGACCCCGACUCCAAGAAUCAGUUGAGAAUUUGA